UACAUUAAUAUUUCGUUUUUAUAUGCCUUUCUAGUUUGUGCUUAAUAUCAUCACAUUUUUUAAAAUCCUCUAAUUACCAAAAAAUAAAUAAAUAAACAUUUGAAAAUCUCAAAAUAUAGUUCCUUAAAAUUGUUCUAAAAUAUAUGAUAGAUUUCGGUUUGGGAAGCUCUAACAAUGUGAAGAAAACGAAAGAAUUUUCAAUUGGGCGUAGGGGUAGUGAUAGUACGAUUUGGAUUGCACUCAUUAAGAGGACAGUAUCUCAUAAGAAAAAGUGUUUUAGGGACGAAAACUGCAAGUAAAGACACAUUUUGAUUAAAAAUGUUUAACGAUGUCCACCUUGCACGCGUCAGUAAAAUUCAACGCAGUGCGGACGUGGCCAAAGGUCCUGUUGAGCCAAAAUCUGUCGGUCGACGCUUUACUACACGCAACACCAAAGAAGUUCAUUUGGGAAAUAAUGUCACAGACGUGGUAUUUGUUAGUAGCAACUCUCCUAGAGCUGAUAUUGUCGUUACCAAGGAAAUUGAAUCGCCUGAUCACACUCAACGCGACAACAAUGAAAGUGAUAAUAACAUUAGCUCCUGUUCUACGCUGGAUAUUGGAAAGGUGGAAAAUCUAUCACUUCAACAGUUGGAAUCUCAAGUGCGAGACUUAAUGCAUCGUCUUCAAAUUUCUGAACAACAACGAGCGGAUUUACAACAUCAAUUGGAGGAAUGCAACGGAGAAAAAGAUUUGUGCCUGCGUCGAUUAGAAGUUGUCAGUGCAGCACAUGAAUGUCGCAUAACAGAAAUGCACUGCGUCAUCGCUGAGUUAAGUAAGAAAUUAAGAGCUAAACAAGAAACCGUAAUAAUAGAAGAAAACGAGCCUGAUGAGAGUGAAUUGAGUUAUCAAGAAGAUGUGUCCGUUUACAAUUCCGAGCUAAACUUGACCAACCCCGAUGCUGAAUGUCAAACUGAUAUAGUUGAAAGUGGAGCAGAAAAGUCGAUCUGUAAAAGUCAUAGCACAGGCGAUAAUGUCCAUUGCGUAGAUUUAACAGACCAAUAUCGGAUUAAUGAUGCGGUUAGCAAAGGACAAGUGGAGGCACUUCAAGAAGAGAUUCUACAUUUAAAAGCCCAAAUCGCACUACUGCAGUCAGAAAUAGCUAAUAACGAAAUCUCACCUCGUGAGCAAAAGGAAAGUACUGAGCAAUUCGCAUCAACGAUUGUUAGUGAAGACAAAAAUAGUGAAUGUGAUCCCAAAAGGAUGACACAGUCUGAAUUUGUAACGCCUCUAAACCCGUACGAGCUGUUAUCAGCGCCCCAAGUCCCACCACCUGUAGCGAAAAUAGCUGAACGUGUUAAAUUGAAAUGUGGCAGCAGGCCAAUACCACACAAGCAGGAGUCAAACACUGAAACAGGCAUUCCUAAUUCAGAAAUGCAGGACGGCGACAUAGUUGAGCACACUAUGACGAAUAGUUACUCCGAAAUAUCUCAAAUGGAUACGGAAAUACAGCGACUACAACGAAAAGUUGAACACCUGAAAAUGCGAAACACAAUUCUAUCCCUCUCACUAGACGAGUGUAAAGAACACUGCGAACACCUGUACUUACUUUGUGGCAAAUACGAAUCAAAUGCGAUAGCUCUGCAAACGGCAGUUAAUUGCAGUGAUCGUGCAAUAGAAGCUUACGAUGUUAUGUUGGCACUCCUGGAGAGCAAGUUAGCAUUAAUGUCGGAAAAAUCUCACAGCGCUGAAGAAAGUCGAAGAGCUGUAGAGACAGUGGCACGACACUUAUUAGAUCGCUUAGAAAGUGAAAAAAACAUUUGUGAGAAUAGUUUGGGGCCCUGGCAGUCAACAUUUAGCAUUCCGGAUAAAGUACGCAUACCAUGGACUACAGACGAUGACAACCGCUUACGAUACCACGUUUCCAAAUUGAAAGGACGCCGCUCAACUGUACAAAAUACUAUAGUCAAUUUGGAGUCACCGUUUAGCGACUUGUAUGAGAAAUCGCGCGUAGCCAUCGAAAGUAGUAGAGGAAUGGUGGAAAAAGUUAGUAAUACCCAAUUUGAUCUCGAAACGGCUGUAAUGAUGCAAGAAUUAUUGAAUUUGCGAGAGGAAAAUAUCACAUUGAAAUCAAAGAUGGAGUCAACGGAAGCAGAAAAACGUAUAGCCAACGAACGCAAUAGCUCGCUCGAAGAAGCUUUGCACCAAUUGCAACUUCAAUUGCAAUUGCAACUUCAAAUUACAACAGAUACGAGUAGCGCACUUUUCCAUCGUGAACAGAUUGCAGAAAAUAGAGUAUCGUAUUCCGAGUCAGAGCAUGUCGCACUUACAGAACAACAAUUGGUAGAGGCAUUAACACGCGAAUCUGAGCUUAAAAGUCGCAUACAAACGUUAAUUGCAUCCGUUACAGCUUCGCAACUUAACACAGAUGAACGACACGUUCAGCUACAGAAUAAUAUUCAGGAUUUGCAAAAAUCAAAUUUAAACCUAACACAACUCUUGGAGCAAAACAAGCGCAGAUAUCAAGCACGCGUGCGCAGAUUAGAACAGAGAAUUGUGGAAAUGUCAUUUGGUGCGGACAAGAAAUUUAGUGGAGAAAAAUGUAUUGCCAAUGAUAAUUGUAUUGGUCGAGACAGUUUCACUUAUAAUGCUAAAGCACAGCAGCCUCAACGUUUAAAAUCAAAAAACUCAGAGGAACUAUCACAGUCAUAUGAGUCACAACUACAAAUACAAGAUAUCGUGCCUGAGACUACUCUUUAGAAUAAUAAAUAGCGGAACUAUGUUCACAACAACAAAUACAAUACAAUUAAGUUCUGUUUCCUAUUAUUCUAGCCUACCAUAUGCCAAAUUCACUUAACAUUUUUAAUUAAUCUAAUCCAAUUCCAUUCGAGUGUGCCAUUUAUCAAUUGAUUUACCGCUUGGCUUAGCUAAUCGGGCGCCUUUGUGCAAGUAUGCAGUAUAUAAUUAAUUGUGCAAUAAUUACACAUGCACACUUCUGCAUCACUUUAUAUAAAGUAUUGUGGUAUCAUAAUUAAUUCCAUGUAUUCACAUAAUUAUACCUUAUACAUAAAUAUAUAUAUAUAUAUACGUAUGCCUAAGUAUGUUUUUGAUUACACAAUGCUUGUUAAUAUAUUACUAUUGUACAAAACGCGCUGAAAUAAAUUACAAAAAUUGAA